AUGCCCGAUUUCGCUGUCCCCUUCGAGGUCGCUUGUGACGCAUCUCACUCAGGCAUUGGUGGCGUUCUCAGCCAGCAAGGCCACCCUAUUGCAUUUUUCAGUGAGAAACUCAGUGAUGCAAAACAUAGGUAUUCCACUUAUGAGCUUGAAUUAUAUGCUAUGUUCACGUUUGUGCUUAAACAUAAGGCGGGCAUUGAGAAUCGCGUAGCCGACGCUCUUAGCCGCAAGGCCCUCCUGCUUCAAAAUUUGCCAGUUACUGUCCCCUGUUUUGUUGAUUUACCCGCCAAUUACACCCUUGACCCCGACUUUGAGUCCUUGUAUCUCCGCCUUAGCUCCCACCCUCGCACUACUAAUAUUGUCUUCAGCAUUUCUGACGGGUUUCUCUUUAAAGGGACACGAUUAUGUCUUCCUCGCUCAUUCCUCCGCGAGUUUGUGAUUACAGAACUUCUCUCCGGCAGUCUAGCAAAUCAUUUCGAGCAGGACAAAACACUUAAUUUGGUGGAGGAUCGUUUCUUUUGGCCGCAUCUUUGUCGCGAUGUCACCACCAUUAUUAAACAUUGCUGA